AUGGACAACCUACGGCGCAUUUGGAGCCAGGUGUUAUCCACAACACCAGACUUUCCCAAUUCUGCAAGCUUUUUGGACUUGGGAGGAGACUCGGUCAAGGCCAUCAGGCUAGUAUACAUGGCAAAGAAACAGGGGAUAGUCCUCAAGGCGACAGACCUGAUGCGCGGCGCCACGCUGGCUGGAAUCGCUGCGGCCCUGAACCUGACUGAGGCUGCAUCAACGCCGAGAACAUUCAUCCCCGCGUCGACAAGCGGCGCAUCUUUUGAGCAGUCGUUUGCUCAGGCCCGGUUGUGGUUCCUGGAUCAGCUCAACCCAAACUCGUCGUGGUAUCUGACCCCGGUGGCCAUGCGCUUACGUGGCUCCCUUUCCAUUAAGGCGCUCGAAGCCGCGCUGGGCGCUUUGGAACAGCGACACGAAACGCUGCGCACGACGUCUGUGAAUCAAGACGGCGUCGGCGUGCAGGUGGUGCAUCCGUCCGGCGGCGUCAAGCUCCAGGUCUUGGACGUCGACGAGACCACACUCGACGCGACCUUGACCCAACACCAGACAAGCCCAUUCGACCUCAGCGCCAAGCCCGCGUGGAGAGUUGCGCUGCUGCGGCUGGCAGACGACCACUUUGUGCUAUCGACUGUGCUGCACCACAUCAUAUCAGACGCCUGGUCUAUGGACAUUUUCUGGCGGGACCUGGCCCAGCUCUACUCGGCGGCCUUGAGCGGUCAGCCCGAACCGUGGUUGCCUCCGCUCGAGGUGCAGUACCACGACUAUGCCCUGUGGCAGAAGCAGGACCACCAGCAAGAAAAGUAUCAAAAACAGCUCCAAUACUGGACCAAGCAGCUCGCCGACAGCACUCCUUCCGAGAUUAGAACCGAUCACCCGCGGCCUCGGUUACCUUCAGGGCGCGCCGCAAAGAUUGACUUCUCCAUCGACGUUGACACAGACUCGGCCGUAAAAGCAUUUGCGCAGGCCCAUCAGACGACACCGUUUGUUGUGCUGCUCGCGGCCUUCCGCGCGGCUCUGUACCGCGUCUCAGGGGCCGAAGACGCCAACGUGGUGGUCUUCACCGCCGGCAGGCCCGAGCCCGAGCUGGAGCGGCUGAUCGGCUUCUUUGCCAACACGGUGUGCGUGCGGGCCAAGGUGGACGCCGCGCGGGACUCGCUGGAGACCUUGGUGCGGGACCAGGUGCACCCGGCCGUCAUUGACGCCAUGGAGAAUCAGGAAGUGCCCUUUGACCGCGUCGUAUCGGCCGUGUUGCCGGGCCACAAGGACUUAUCACGCAACCCGCUGGCUCAGAUCGCCUUUGUCAUGCACGACCUGAACGGCCCAGAGACGCUGCAGUUGGAUGGCCUACGCGCCGAGUCCCUGACCGAGGGUCUCUCGGGCCUGGGUGCGUCCACGGGUUUCGAUGUCGAGGUUCACAUGCUCCGUCGCGGUGGAGAGAGUUGCAUUUCGGGCCUGGCCAUGUACGCUACCGACUUGUUUGAGCCUGAGACCAUCCAGGCCCUCGUCGACGUCUAUAAGGGAGUGCUCCGCCAAGGUCUGGCCCAGCCCUCCAAGUUGCUUGCAGAGCUUCCUCUGGAUGCCAGCAGUUCUACCAUCACUUCCAGUGGAGGCAAGCAGCUCCCCUACCCCCGGGACAGUAGCGUCGUCGACGUUUUCCGGCAAAAGGUGGCGUCGUCCUCGCCCGAUGCCGUCGCAGUUGUCGACUCUGCAUCGAGCAUGACCUACUCUCAGUUGGAUGCGGAGUCCGACAAGGUGGCGGCUUGGCUGCGCCAACGACACCUACCUUCAGAGUCGCCGGUAGCGAUCCUGUCGCCGAGGUCAUGCCAGACCGUCGUGGGCUUCCUCGGUGUGCUCAAGGCAGGCCUACCCUACAUCCCCCUGGACGUGAACUCCCCCGAUGGCCGCAUCCAGACCAUCCUGAGCUCCGUUCCGGACUGCAAGCUCCUUCUCCUCGGGGACGGCGUGCAGCCGCCAAAACUUGAGGGUUUAAACGUCGAGGCUAUUCCUAUAGCCACCGCCAUAGAGCAACAUCAAACGGCCGAAAAGGAAAGCCCCCUUGGAGACGCUGGCAAGGGCCCAUCAGCAACGAGCCUUGCCUACAUAAUCUUCACGUCCGGGUCUACAGGCAAGCCCAAGGGUGUCAUGUUAGAGCACCGCGCUCUCCUGCGGACUGUCGUUGAGAGCGACGUGACAGCGCACCUACCGCCGGCCCCUCGCGUGGCGCACCUGUGCAAUCUCGGUUUCGACAUCUCAGUGCAGGAGGUAUGGACCACUUUGCUAAACGGAGGAACGCUGGUCUGCAUCGACUACUUCACGACGCUGGACAGUAGAGAGCUCGAGACCGCGUUCCUGCGUCACAAUGUGUCAGUGGCCAUGAUGACGCCCACACUUCUCAAGCAGUGCCUCGCCAACGCUCCGGCCGCCAUUGGCGCCCUGGAUGUCCUCUUCAACGUCGGGGACAGGUUCGACCCCCGAGAUGCCCUCGAGGCCAAGCGACUGGUCAAGCGCUCCGUGCUCAACGCCUACGGUCCGACCGAAAACGCCAUGCAGAGCACCAUGUACGAGGUGCGGGCCGACGACAAGCUUCCCAACGGCGUCCCCAUCGGCCGCGCCAUCGCCAACUCGGGCGCCUACGUCAUGGACAUCCACCAGCGUCCGGUACUCCCUGGAGUGUUGGGAGAGCUCGUGGUGACUGGGGAUGGACUCGCGCGCGGAUACCACGACCCUGCCCUGGACCUUAACCGCUUCGUAAAUGUGACCAUCGACGGUCAGCAGAUGCGCGCAUAUAGAACUGGAGAUAGGGUGCGCUGCCGGCCGGUCGAUGGUCAGAUAGAGUUCAUAGGUCGCAUGGACUUCCAGGUCAAGGUCCGCGGCAACCUGGUGGAGCCGGCCGAGGUCGAGACUGCCAUGCUCGAGGCGCAUGAGGCCGUCAGCGGUGGCGCUGUUGUCGUUCUCCAAAACGACGAUGCUCGUGAUGCAAGCCUCAUCGGUUUUGUAAGCCUGCGGAGUGGUGGCGAAAAGGAGCAAAAGGCCCAGGGCUCUGAUGGUGAAGACAUGGAAACCCUCAUCCGCGACCGGCUUAAGCACGUGCUGCCGACCUACAUGGUGCCGCAGGCAAUUGUCAUCAUGGAGAAGCUGCCCCUGAACAGCAGCGGAAAGGUGGAUCGCAAACAGCUCACUGAGCUGGCCAGGAAGACACCGACAGCACCCACGACCGGCAAGGGCAAGCCGGCCCAUGUGGCGCCACGCAACGACACCGAGGCUGCCUUGUGUCAAGAAUACUCGCAGCUCUUUGGGGUCGACCAGAUAAGCGCGACGCACGACUUUUUCGACCUGGGCGGCAGCUCACUGCUUGCCAUGAAGCUGGCAGCUCGUCUCAGCAACCGCUUUGGGGCUCACGUGUCGGUCAAGGACGUCUUUGACCACCCGGUGCUCGCAGACAUGGCCGAGACCCUGCUGAAGCGUGCAGCGACCAGCGAGGACAGCAGCAGCCAGGACCAAAGUGAGGAAGACCACUACGUCAACUUUCAGCUGUGCCCCGGCGAAGCCUUCGUCAAGUCCACCAUCUGUCCAGAGCUGGACCCCAAGUAUCAACAGAGUGUUGUCGACGUCUACCCGGCCACGUCGACCCAGGCCUGGUUUGCCAAUGAGCCCACACUUGGCGUCCCGCGCACCAUGGACAUUUACUUCAUCGACAUGCCUGCCGGGUACGAGCCCGCCAAGUUGGCUGAGGCUUGCGGAUCGACGAUCCAGACCUUUGAAAUGCUCAGGACCGUGUUUGUGAGCGCCGAGGGCCGCUACUGGCAAGUCGUCCUCGACCGCCCCGAUGUCCCCGUCGAGCAGGUGGACGUCGAGGAGGGGGGUUUCGACGCGGCGACCAUUGGCCUGAUGGAGUUUGACAAAAAAAGCCCCCUCAAACUUGGACACCCCUUUCUGCGCAUAGCCGUACUCCGUGACCCUAAAGGCAUGCUCCGGAUGGUCCUCCGCAUGUCGCACGCCAUCUGGGACGGUCUGAGCCUCCCGGCGCUCCUCCAAACCCUUCACUCGCACUACGAGGGCGUGGACGUGCCGCCGCCGCCGCGCUACGCUCUUUACAUGAAGCACCUGUACGAAAUGCACCCCAAGGGCCACGAGCAUUGGGGACGGGUGCUUGCGGGCUCGUCCCUGACGGUCCUGGAGGAUCUGCGGGCAAAACGCAAGGUCGGCGACGGCGGCGGGUUCCUGAUGCGCAUCAUCGACGUGCCGCCCGAGGCGCAGGCGCCGGCGCGCAUCACGCAGGCGGCCGUCUUCACCACGGCGUGCGCGGUGCUGGUGGCCAAGGAGACUGGGCGCGACGACGUGGUUUUCGGCAACGUCGCGUCCGGGCGCCAGUUCUUGCCCACGCGCCUGCAGGGCAUAUUCGGCCACCUGGGCAACACAAUGCCCGUCAGGGUGCAGGAUGUCCGGGCCGGCGAGGCGGACCUCAAGUCCCUGGCGCUGCGGGUGCAGGAGCAAUACCUCGAAGGGGCGCCUUACGAGGCCAUGUCGAUCCGCGACGUCAAGGCGAGCCCCGGCGUGGACUGGCCUGCCGACGCCGACCGCUUCGGACUCACCGUCGCCUUCCAGAACCAGGGCUUCAACCCCGAAAGCACCAUCAACGGCAACCGAAUGGUCCUGUCGGGCUUCAUGCCCUACAUCACGCAGCGCCCGUCCACCGUCAGCGGAGAGAUGAUGAUCGGUCUGAAGUUGGCUGAUCAGACCACUCACGACUUGGCCCUGGUUGCCGUCCCCGAGCCCGACGGCCGACAUUACCGCAUCGGAGUGAAUGCUGAUCAGGCGCUUUGCGAGUCGGGAGAGCUGGAUAAAUGGGUAGACCAACUGUGCGAGACCUUUGUGCAUGUGAAUGCUGUUUUGAGUCAGGGAUGA